AUGGGGUUUGUGCGCUAUAAGAAGGCUGGUGUUGGGCAGGGCCAGGCACAGUUGAAUCCCAACCUGCUCUGGAGCCCAGAUCAGAUCAGACCUGCCACAGCAGAGGACGCCUUUCCUCCUCCCUCCACGUGGCAGCCGCCAGAGGCUCCCAGAGGCCACAUGGCAGGUUCCCGUCGUAUGCCCCUGCUGAUCCUGCUGCUGUCCUUAACCCUGGGAGCUGCUGGACAAGGAGCCAACAGCACCAGGGAAAGGAUGAUUAAUGGAUCUCCAUGUCCAAGAGGCAAGCAGCCCUGGCAGGUGGCCCUGUUUCAGGGCCAUAAGUUCCACUGUUCCGGCGUGCUGAUCGGCGAGCUGUGGGUGCUCACGGUGGCCCACUGCCACCUGAGUGAGUACGUUGUGCAGAUGGGCAGUGAUAUUCUACUCCAUGGGGAUUCGCAAAGAAUCCGGGCCAAAAAGUCGUUCAUCCACCCUCGGUUCAGUGAAGUCACACACGUCCAUGACCUCAUGCUGGUGAAGCUGACCGCUCCAGCCCCGCUGUCCCCAACGGUGAAGAUCAUCCACGUGUCUUCCCAGUGCAAACCGCCAGGAACCAAAUGUUCUGUUUCCGGCUGGGGCAGCAUCGCCAUGGAUGUAGUGACAUACCCAGAAGCGCUCAUGUGCUCAAACGUCAACAUCUACCCCUACAUGUACUGCAAGAAGAUUUUCUCCACAAUAUCAAGAAGAUACAUGACCUGCGCUGCUCCCCCCAACAGACUCUCCUACAUGUGCAAAAACUCUCCUGACGCCCUCAACUGUGCACAAGUAGAAAUCUUUUGGAAGCUGUGUGAGGACGUCUGCCCUGGGCAAGUCACAGGAAGGGUCUGUGCAGGAGGUGGCAGUGGGGCUGACCUGAGCCAGGUGAGCGACCUCUGA